GCCUGCCACGCUUCUGAAUUUCGAAUUUGGCAGUCAGCGAAUGGGAAACACUGCCACGUUAAGCUUCGGCCAACUUGAUGGCCAUCUGCUUCUUAACAGUGGCGCCACUUAAGUCUUUCCCUCGAAGUCCUGUCUCGCGCUAUCCUACUCCCCGCUUCCCAACGACGUUGCAAUGCGGAUAGAGACAGCGGCAGGAUUCUUUGCCGCCUUUGUGGCGUUCGUCCUCUACAAGCUCUGUGUCCUUGUCAUCAAGGCCCGGUCUUCACCGCUGCGUUCUUUACCAGGGCCUCCGAGUCCUAGUUGGAUUUAUGGAAAUUUGCGUCAAAUAUUUACGACCGGAAGUGUCCGUAUGCAAGAGAUUUGGGUGGAACGUUAUGGCGAGACUAUUAGGUACAAGGGAUGGCUUAACCAAGACUACCUCUACACGAUUGACACUAAAGCUUUGAGUCAUAUUCUCAGUCAUUCUAACGACUACCAGAAGCCGGAGCUCGCCAGAUUCAUGAUAUCUGAGGUCAUUGGCGAAGGAGUAGUAGUAAUGGAAGGAGAACGGCAUCGUAAACAGAGACGGAUCUUGAAUCCGGCAUUUGGGCCAGCUCAGCUUAGAGGCUUCACCGAAAUAUUCAUAGACAAGGCCAUUCAGCUGCGCAACAUGUGGCUCAACGAGCUCUCUGAACAUGGACAAGGCGUCCGGAUUGACGUGAUGAGCGGAUUAAACAAAAUGACACUCGAUGCCAUGGGUGCUGCAGGAUUCAAUUACGAUUUGGACAUAUUGCGCCCCGACGGGAAACCUAAUGAGCUUGCUGAUGCUUUCCAGGCUAUUUUUGGCCCUCCGACUGGCAAGCCGGCGGUGUUUACUGUGCUUCGUUUCCUAUUUCCUCCUCUUCGAUACAUCCCGACGGAAAGAACGAGGCGUAUCGCAGCUGCUAGAGCGGUAAUCUAUCGUGUUGGCAUGCAGCUGCUUGUGGAGAAGAAAAGGCGCAUAUUGGACGCCAUGGCGGAGGACGACAAAUCCGAGACGAGGCAUCUUAGCUUGGAAAACCGUGAUUUGUUAAGCUUGUUACUGAAAGCAAACAUGGCAACGGACAUUCCUGUAGGCCAGAGACUCGCCGAUGAUGAGGUGCUAGCCCAGAUACCUACCUUCCUGACUGCCGGAUACGAGACCACCAGCAAUGCGGCGAUGUGGUGCCUAUAUGCGCUGACGCAGGACACUGAGUUACAGCAGAAAUUAUACGCCGAAUUGAGUCAAGUGCACACCAAUAAUCCAUCGAUGGAUGACCUUCAAGCGCUUCCGUUCCUUGAUGUCGUUGUCCGCGAAUCUUUGCGAUUAUACGCACCCGUACCCUCCAGCCUCAGGGUUGCGGUCAAGGAUAACACAAUCCCUCUUCAGAAGCCAUUUCUUGAUGUGCAUGGACAAUUGCGCGACAGCAUCGACAUCUCAAAGGGCACAACAAUCGACAUUGCGCUCCUUGCCUUGAACAGGUCGAAGAGUCUCUGGGGCGACGAUGCUUUAGAAUUCAGACCCGACCGUUGGAAGGCCAUUCCAGACAGUGCUCACUCAAUUCCUGGUGUUUGGGGUGACCUGAUGACAUUUCUUGGUGGACCGAGGGCCUGUAUAGGAUAUCGUUUCGCCAUCGUCGAGAUCAAAGCAUUGCUCUUCACCCUCGUUCGUGCAUUCGAGUUCAAGCUUGCAGUGCCCGCGGAUGAGAUUAUAGUACGGUCCACGGUUGUGAGGCGACCACUUGUUCGAGGGGAGCCACAGAAGGGUAUACAGAUGCCUAUGAUCCUCAGGCCCCGUCAAACAUGAUAGCGGGCGUCGCCUAAGUUUACCAAUAUUUCUUCCAUUUCUUCACGAUUCGAGAUUGGCGAUGCGAUUGCGAGGCGCAGGCACGAUAUGUGAGAUUACUUACGUAACAUGUUUCAGGAGCUCGGUGUGAGGCAAUACAAGUGUGUGCUUUACGCGUUUGAGAUUUCAUAUUCGCACGGCGGGCCUGCUGUUUCUUCUAUAUCCCAGAUCACUUAUACGGUGUUAAAUGAACCGUUCGGGUU